AUGUCGUUUCUCCAUGGUUUGGCUCCAGCGUAUGAGCAGGGGACAGCGUUGCUACUAACCCAGACGAAGAUCCCACCAUUGGAGGAGACAGUCUCGGCCAUGAUACAGGAGGAGAGCCGUAUCAGGCUACAGGCUGGGACAAGUGGACUUACACAAGAGAAGUCUGCACUGGUGAUAUGCCCUAAGCCACCCAGGGAAAGGAACUGGGGUGAACAUGGUCAGGCUGGAGGCCGUGGUCGUGGCUGUGGAGGCAGGCGAGGUGGAAGAGGAGGCCACCAGGCAAACUUGAUAGUGACAGAAAGGGAAGAAGAAGCUGAGAUGAUCUUCACUGAUAAGGAUCGGGCACUCUUGGCAGCACCGAGGAGGAAGAAGAGAGCAGUAGGGGGAACUACUCCCAGCUACGCGCGCUUCACCUUCGACGCCACCCUGUACCCGCCGGAGGACGACGACGACUACAUCAUAAUCGGGACCAUCGGCUGCCCUCUCGCUGCCACCCUCUCCGCCGCCGGCCACCACGUCCUCCUCCUCGAGCGCGGCGGGACCCCCGACGAGUUCCCCUCCCUCAGCUCCCAGGACGGAUUCCUCCAAACCCUGGUUGCCGCCAACAGCCUCGAUUCCCCCGCCCAGUCCUUCGUCUCCGACGACGGCAUCACCAAGGCUCGCGGUAGAGUCCUCGGCGGAUCGUCGGCGAUCAACGCGGGAGGAGGGGGAACUACUCCCAGCUACGCGCGCUUCACCUUCGACGCCACCCUGUACCCGCCGGAGGACGACGACGACUACAUCAUAAUCGGGACCAUCGGCUGCCCUCUCGCUGCCACCCUCUCCGCCGCCGGCCACCACGUCCUCCUCCUCGAGCGCGGCGGGACCCCCGACGAGUUCCCCUCCCUCAGCUCCCAGGACGGAUUCCUCCAAACCCUGGUUGCCGCCAACAGCCUCGAUUCCCCCGCCCAGUCCUUCGUCUCCGACGACGGCGUCCCCAAGGCUCUCGGCAGAGUCCUCGACGGAUCGUCGGCGAUCAACGCCGGAUUCUACAGCCGGGCUCACAGGGAGUUCUUUAACGCUUACGGUGUCGAGUGGGACCCGGAGAUGGUGGAGAAGGCGGUGGGGUUUAGGCCGGAGCUGAAGAGUUGGGUGUCCGCAGUGAGGGAUGGAUUGAUCAAGGCGAGUACUUUCGAUUCAAGCGGGAGGAGGCAUAGUGCUGCUGAUUUGCUGGCAUUGGCGAACGCGGAGAAUUUGAGGGUGCGACUAGGGCUAGCGUGGAGAGGAUCUUGCUCAAUUCAAAUCUAUCCUCAGGAUUCGCUGCUUAAUAAACUUGUGGAAGUGAUUUCUAUCUCUGCAGUAUCUUUAUUAAUAUGUAGUUAUUCCAACUAUUUUUCCAAUUCUUCGGUUAAUGAUAGGUUUUUUUUAAGAAUAAAGCUGCUACAAGUAAUUUUUCUACAGUCUCUUAAAAGUUUUGAUGUCUCAGCUACUCGCUGCUAAUAAGUCUGAAAGAGAAUUUAACAUGCUGAUUGUCAGGAAGUAGCAUUUCUGGGCAUCUAGGCUAGUUGCUUAAAAUAUAAUGAAUAUAAUUACAAAGGUGGGGGAAAAUAACUGUUGUAUCUCAUGCCAUCAAAA